AUAUAUAUAUAUAUAUAUAAUAUUAGGGGUCCUCUCCAUCUUCACUAAGACGAGUUGCAAAGCCUUAUAAAAAUGUUAAAUUUGUUUGUAACAUAAUUGGUUACAUCAGAUUUUUGUAAACUAUUUUCUUUGUCCUUUGCCACAUCACCUUUCUGGUCCCUGUCUCUAUUUGGUAGAAGUUAAAUCAAUUUCAAAUUUUUUUGGUAAGUGCGGUCCAUAUCACUUCCAUGUGUCUAUCUAUAUUUUCUUCAAAGGUAAGAGAUAUAAAUGUAUUUUCACAUUGAGAGAAGAGAAAGACACAUGGGAGUACUAGCAUAAACCACACUUUUCCAAUAUAAAAUGUUUUUGAGAGAGAGUCCCCUAAAAGCCAGGGUGGAACCUACACUAGCAUGGGGAUUAAUGUGAGCAUGCACGAAACAUCAUCGAUAGUGAGAUUUUCAUUUGAUCUUUGAGCAUGCACGAAACAUCUUCAAUAGUGAGAUUUUCAUUUGAACUUUUUGCUAUUCUCUAUGUUUGGAUGUGAAGGUCUUUGCCUUAUAGGCAUGAUUUGAAGUAUCUCCGAUAUAGUUACCAAAAAGAAAAAAAAAAUCUCUGAUAUCAAUACGAUACCCUCUUAUAUGUAUCUUAAAUUUAGUUGACGAUAUUUUAAUUCUUGAUCUUUAACAUAUCUUAGUACAUCUCUAAUACGAUACAAUAUCCUCUUAUACACAUCUUAAAUUUAACCUAUUGAUACAAUCGAUAUCGUAAUCCUCGUUGGGAGGCUGCUGUUUUUUUUUUUUUCUUUUUUCUGGAUGUGGAGGCCACUCUCUAUGUCUGGGUGAAUCUAGCUUCCGGUCUACGGUUGUUCCGGUAGAGUCGCUCUCUUCAACCGUCCGAUUUUUUUUUUACUAAUAGCUACCGAGAACGUCGCCUUCCGCUUUGGUUUCUUUGUUUAUUCUUCUCUCAUUCAAAAGAGAUUCUAAUCCAACGGAUACAUGGUGAACUAUAAACGAUUCCAAUCCAACGGAUUUUAGUCCUUAGUCCUUGCUGAAGUCCGGGUUUUACUUGUUCCCGUCAUUAAAAUCUCUUCACGGUCCACGGUCUACAGUCCACAGUCCUCGCUCGCAAUCACCACUCUCUCUCUCUCUCUCUCUCUCUCUCUCUAACCAUCUCUGUUAGCAAAAGAGAGAGGGGGACCUGUUCUUCAGUUCUUGAGUAUUUGCAGAAGAAAUGGAGAGCGGCCUCGUAUUUGCAGCUCAACCCAACCAUCUUCUCUCACCUUCACCCAACGUCACGAAACUCCUCUUCCCUGCCUUCUUCACUGACAGAAAACGGUUACCUUCUUCCUCAUCUUUAAAGAAUAAGCUCCGUUUCAGCUCCUCUCACCUCCAUUUGGCAUCCACUACGCGGUGUAAAGCGAAGUCAUUGUCUGCUCUUGGCAGUGAAGCAUUGGAGUGGGCUGAUAUAAGUUGGGACGACCUUAGAUUUGGUCUUGUGCCGACCGAUUAUAUGUAUGUCACAAAAUGCCUCAAAGGUGGCGACUUUCCUGAUGGUGAAUUAGUGCGUUUUGGGAACAUUGAAUUGAGCCCAUCGGCUGGAGUUUUAAAUUAUGGACAGGGAUUAUUUGAAGGUUUGAAAGCAUACAGGAAAGAAGAUGGUUCUGUUGUACUUUUUCGUCCCAAGGAGAAUGCAUUGCGGAUGAGGAUGGGUGCAGAGAGGAUGUGUAUGACAGCCCCAACUGUUGAACACUUUGUGGAAGCCGUUAAGCUCACCGUGUUGGCAAAUAAGCGUUGGGUUCCUCCUCCAGGUAAAGGCUCCCUAUAUAUCAGACCACUGCUUAUGGGAAGUGGAGAUGUUCUUGGUGUUGCACCUUCCCCUGAAUACACUUUUCUGAUUUACGUUUCUCCUGUUGGGAACUAUUUCAAGGAGGGUCUAGCACCAAUUCAUUUGAUUGUUGAGAAUGAAUUCCAUCGUGCAACUCCUGGUGGAACUGGAGGUGUAAAGACCAUAGGAAACUAUGCUGCGGUUUUGAAGCCACAAAGUGGAGCAAAAGCCAAAGGCUACUCAGACGUCCUGUACCUGGAUUCUAUCCACAAAAGAUAUUUGGAAGAGGUUUCCUCUUGUAAUGUUUUUGUCGUGAAGGAUUCAGUUAUUUCCACUCCAGCAAUAACAGGAACAAUCUUGCCUGGCAUUACGCGGAAGAGUAUAAUUGAUGUUGCCCGAAGCCUAGGAUUCCAGGUUGGGGAACGCCUUGUAUCAGUGGAGGAGUUGCUUGAUGCUGAUGAAGUUUUCUGCACAGGAACAGCAGUGGUUGUGUCACCUGUGGGAAGCAUUGCAUACCUUGGUAAAAGGGUUUCUUAUGGAGACAGAAAAGUCGGUGUUGUAUCACAGCAACUCUAUACAACACUCACAAGACUGCAGAUGGGUCUUUUAGAAGACAAAAUGGGUUGGACUGUUGAGUUGUAGUAGGCAGAGUAGCAGUAGCCAAUUGAUUUGUCGGCAUUAUACAUGGGUAAGAUCCUCACUGUUACCAUGGAGUGUGAACAAUGCUCAGUAUGCAUUCUUUCCUUGACAAUCUGAGAAUAAAGGUCAAUAUUCAAGAAUGUCAAAUUCCAAAUUCCUUCAUGUUUUUCACUUGCUUGCAUUCACAAAGCAUAUGGGCUUAUUAGGUAUAUUGUUCUUACAUCCAUAACAUAAGAAGAUGACAAUCAAACAACAUGAGCCACUGGACUUCUGAUAUGCAUUUUCCAAUUUGACCCACCUCCUGGAUGAGACAUAAGUGAAGAAACAGACCUGCAGUUGUGGAUCUAUAGCUGUCCAGUCAGGAAGUUGUAUGGGGUGGCAAAUUGAAGUCAAAGGUUGAGAAAAUGUUGAGAAAAUGCAAUUCCAUUCUUCCAACAAUUCAUUUGUUCAGUUGCAGCAAAGUAUAACUCCGAAGGUUGUCACCAGGCACAAACUCAACAGUGCUUAUAACCUUUUUGUUACUCUUAUUCUGUAGCUUAGGAAGCCGUUCUGUACUGUUUUAAUCUUUUAGUGAUGGGUGAACUCUGGCACCUUUUGCUUUAGUGUAGACUGAUCUUUACAUGCCUUGACAAGCCAACCAUUCAAUGAAACUUCUUGGUCUUCAACCA